AUGUCUUACCCUGCUCAAUUCAUAGCAAAACCAAGCAAGGAAGCUUUACUCGAUGCUUUCAAGGGGAAGCUGAUAUCCAGCUUGCCUACCCCUUCUUUUCUUAUCAAUGAAGAUAUAUUCACCAAAAAUUGCAAUAGAAUGCUUCAGAAUACUUCGCACUUGAGUGCCGAUUUCCGAGCUCACGUCAAAACCCACAAGACAGUAGAAGGCACUCGUUUGCAAUUGGGAGAAAAGUCACCGAUCAAAACCGACAAAAUUGUGGUCUCCACGUUAGUGGAAGCUUGGAGUCUAAUGCCACUUGUGGAAGAGGGCUUGAUUAGCGAUAUUUUGUUUAGUUUGCCUGUUGUGAAGUCCAGGCUCCCUGAAUUGGCCGAAUUGGCAAACAAAGUUCCCCACUUACGGUUGAUGCUCGAUGGAUCAGAUCAGUUGGAAUUGUUGGCAGACUUCUCCAGAGAAUUUUCCAUAAAAGCAAAAUGGUCUAUCUUCGUUAAGAUCAAUAUGGGAACAAACAGAGCUGGCUUAGUCAACGAAUCCACCUCUUUAGAGAAUACUUUACAAAAACUCUUAAAGGAUGAUAAAAUUAGCGAGUUUGUGGACUUAUAUGGGUUCUACUGUCAUGCUGGUCAUUCGUAUAGUGCGGAUUCUCCUCUGUCAGCUAAAGAUUUCUUAAUUCAAGAGAUUAUCCACGCUAAUCAGGCUGCAAAAGGAGCACUCCAAAUACAGCCAGGCUUGAAACUCCAAAUUUCUGUCGGUGCAACGCCUACAGCUCAUUCUUCGGAACACUUGAAUACAGAUGAAUUGAUAGCAGCUAUCGGAGAUGAACUUUCAGGAAAAUUGGAAUUACAUGCUGGUUGCUAUCCAUGUUGUGACUUGCAACAAGUUUCUACUGGUUGUGUUACGCUUGAAGAGGUGUCCAUUUCUUUAUUGGCCGAGGUUAUCUCAAUUUACCCGAACAGAGGUUCCAAGGCUCCAGGGGAACAACUUGUCAAUGCUGGAGUUUUGGCCUUAUGUCGAGAAUUUGGACCUUUACCAGGCCAUGGUAGAGUGGUUGAUCCUCCAGGACUUGAAAAUUGGAUUGUUGGUAGAUUGAGUCAAGAACAUGGGAUCUUAGUUCCACUUGAUGAAAACCAAGUUAAUGACUUUAUUCCUUUGGGAACCAAAGUAAGAAUUGUCCCACAACAUUCUUGCAUCACAGCAGCAGCUCAUCCUUGGUACUAUAUAGUAGACUCCAGUAAUAGUGUAGUUGACAUUUGGAUACCAGCUAGAGGAUGGUAG